UCCUACGACGCCGUUUCUCUUAGAAGGAAGAAGGAAAACCACAGCCACCCCACCCCUUUCUCUCAUCUCUCUGAGAAUCAGAAACCUAACCUAAACCCAGCCACCAGCCCACCAUCACCAUCCCCCAUCGCCGAACUCUUCUUAUCCGGUAGAGGGUGCUGUCGCCGCCGUCUCUGCCUCGGCCUCUCCGGUUUGCCGCUGCCGCCGCCUACGCCUCGGCGUAACUGUUCUGCACUUCUGCUUCUCUCCUCGCAGCACCGCCGCGUCUGCCCCUUUCUUUCCUUCUGCACCAUGGAGUCAUCAAGUUAGCUUUUGAUAUGUAUAAUCAUUUAUAUGGUUCUGUGUCAAAAUCUUAGCAGGUGUUACACUUAAUGAAAUUGAUGCUCAAUGUGUUUGUUGCUGCCAUGAGUGUUAUUGUUACCAAUGCCAUGUUGUUGUGUUCGAUCUUAUAAAAUGAUGAAGGUAGAUUGCAAGAAAAGAAGAUAUUUCAAUUACUUCUAGUUUUGGGAGGGAGAGGUUAUAAUGAAUCCAAGACAAUAUUGCUGGUGGUUCAUAUGAGUGCCCUAGAAAUCAAUCAAACAAAACAAAGAAAAGAAAAGAAAUGAAAAGAAUUGAAGCUCUAGUGAACACAAGCUGAUGUCACUGCAGUAUGCUGAAUGAAUAGAAAGAACAAGGGCCAUUAAGCUGGGCAACGGAAAGUUGUGGAUUGAAGAUCCUAUGAACAAGUUGCAACAUGGGUUUUCGGGCACUAUCCUCUAAGUACAAACUCCUACCAUCUUUCUUUCGGCCUCUUAUUGAUCACAAGCCUCGCUGCUAUCACGCCCACGCUUCCCCAACCACACAAGUCUCUGGGCCAUUAUUACCAGACCUUGUUAAUGAAAUAUCUCGUGUACUAAGUGAUCACCGAGAUCCUCGCCAUGAUCUAGAAAUGUCUCUCAAUCCAUAUUCAGCACAAAUAUCUACAGAUUUGGUUGACCAGGUAUUGAAGAGGUGUAAGAAUCUUGGCUUCCCAUGUCACAGAUUCUUUCUUUGGGCUAAAUCAAUUCCAUGUUUCCAACAUAGUGUUGAGAGCUUCCACAUUUUGGUGGAUAUCUUAGGAAGCUGUAAACAGUUUGCCAUACUCUGGGAUUUUCUCAUAGAAAUGAGAGAGAAUUCUCUUUGUGAAAUCAGAAGCGAGAUGUUCUGGCUCAUUUUCCGAGCAUAUAGCCAGGCAAAUUUGCCAGACGGAGCAAUACGAUCUUUCAUGAGAAUGGAUGAAUUUGGAAUAAAGCCAACAAUUCAUGAUUUUGAUAAGCUGCUGUACUUUUUAUGCAAGAGGAAACAUGUCAGGCAAGCUCAAAAUUUUUUUGAUCAAGUUAAGAAUGGUUUUGUGUUAACUGCUAAAACUUACAGCAUUUUGAUAAGUGGAUGGGGUGAGAUUGGUGAUUCAGGAAAGGCUCGUGCGCUGUUUGAUGCAAUGCUUGAACAAGGAUGUCCAGUGGAUUUGCUUGCAUAUAAUAAUUUGUUAGAUGCCCUUUGCAAAGGAGGUAAUGUCAAUGAAGCUUCAGAUAUUUUUCAUGAUAUCAUGUCAAAAGGAGUUGUGCCGGAUGCUUUUACUUACUCAAUAUUCAUUCGUUCAUACUGCAACGCAAAUGACAUGUAUUCGGCUUUUAGGGUUCUUGAUAGAAUGAGAAGGUAUGACCUUUUGCCUAAUGUGUUUACAUACAAUUGUGUUAUAAAGCAACUUUGUAAGAAUGAAAAGGUGCAAGAAGCUUAUCAGCUGUUGGAUGAAAUGAUUUCAAGAGGAGUAAAACCGGACACUUGGAGUUACAAUGCGAUACUCGCUUACCACUGUGACCAUUGUGAGGUCAAUAGGGCUCUAAAGUUGACGUCUAGAAUGGUGAAUGAUAACUGUCUUCCUGAUCGCCAUACAUAUAACAUGGUGCUGAAAUUGCUGAUUAGGAUAGGAAGGUUUGACAAGGCAACUGAAGUUUGGGAAAACAUGGGGGACAAUAAGUUUUAUCCUUCUGUGUCUACAUAUUCUGUCAUGAUUCAUGGUUUAUGCAAGAAAAAGGGAAAGCUAGAGGAGGCAUGUAAGUACUUCGAGAUGAUGAUUGAUGAAGGAAUACCGCCUUACGAUACUACCAUUGAGUUGCUGCGGAAUCGUCUCUUAGGGUUGGGAUUGUUGGAUUACAUUGAAAUACUAAUUGGUAAGAUGAGGCAAAGUACUUCCUGUUCAAUUCAAGAAUCAGCAAAAAUUAUGAAUGGUGAUAGGGCAUUUCCUAAUAAUUUGAGGCAUGAUGAAACAGACAUAGAAAGUGACUAAAGAAGUGGCCAAUUAUUUUUUUUUUACUGUUGUUGAUGAAAUACACCAGGCACCAUUUUUUACAGCAGGGAUCAAAUUGGAGAUUUUAUAUCUUUGGGUAAUGAUCAACUAAUGUAUAAUUUAAACUGAAGAGUGCCUAUGCCUCCUAAACAUCAUUACAUGUUAAGAGUGCAUGGCUAGUUGAAUUGAUUGAGCAUGCUCAUAUUGGAGAGUGAUAAUGUUUAUGGAAUCUUAAACCCAGGGCAGAGAUGAAGGUGAAGGUUUGGGAAACUUUUGAGAGCUGGAUUGCAAAUCAUUGAGGAACUAGGGACUAGUGGCACGCUACAAAGUUUUCUAUUGAUUUGUAAGUUAUCGUCCAUAUCCAGGGCCAGUGGAUCAAUAGAGUAGACAUGUAUCAAGUUUUUGAAGGAAAGAGAGAACAAAUUGAAGAUUGAAGAUUAAUACAAAAUCAUGUCUUUGUCCCUUGAAAGAUUAAGAAAAUGAGAAAGAUUUAUGUAACUAUUAUUCGUUCCUUGUAACAUAUUUCACGGUUUUGUAUGCUCUACAUUUAUUUUGAACUUUUAUUGAAUUGUCUGAAAAAAAAAAA